AUGGCAACCUGUGCCCUCCGGCCCUCCGUACUUUGCGGACCAGGCGAUUACCAACUCAUCCCAUCCAUCCACGCCUGCAUCGCCAAGUACGAGACACCCUUUGUUAUCGGCGACGGCCUGAACCUCUGGGACGUGACGUACGUGACGAAUAUCGCAGACGCGCAUGUCCUCGCCGUGGAGAAUCUACUGACUACACGCACCGCCGCUGGAGAGGCAUUCUUCAUUCAGAAUAACGAGCCCAUCACCUUUAGGGAUUUCUGUCUGGCGAUCUGGAUGCAUUUCGGACACACGCCGCCGUUUGAGGUUCGCAUCCCCGAGGGUCUGGCUUAUCUGGCUGGUUUGGCGUGUGAAUGUGUCACCUGGGUGACGGGGGGUACGACCACGUUGAGUCGUGGGAGUGUAAGAGAUGCGUGUGCUGUGCGCUAUGCAAGUGGUAAUAAAGCGAAGGAGAUAUUGGGGUAUGAGGCGCGCAUUGGCAUUGAAGAAGGGAUACGUUUGAGUUGCGAGGUAAGUCGCAUUCACUAUCUGGAUUGUUUGCAAACUUACCUGAGUAAUCCAGGAAUAUGCCCGUCGUCUGGGGGUAGAGCUUCCUAUCAAAGCCAUUAA